AUGACCAUUGCAAUUAAGCACAAGCGGCCGAACAAAAGUUACAACCUACGAAUAUUCCUUCUUCUUCUUCUUCUUCUUCUUCUUCUUAUUAUUAUUAUUAUUAUUAUUAUUCUUCAUUUUAACCCCCUCCUCCUUCUUCGUCAAUUUCUUCUUUUUCUCUCUCUUCAUCAUUUUGUUGUUGUUGGAGAAGAAGAAGUAGAAUUUAUAUUAAAGCCUACGAAUAUUCCUUCUUCUUCUUCUUCUUCUUCUUCUUCUUCUUCUUCUUCUUCUUCUUCUUCUUCUUCUCUGUCCUGCCAUUUACCCAUAGCAGAGGGAAGAUUCGAAAAAAACACAACUUCCUUCUGUAAGUGGGACAUCGUAUCACAAUCUAUCUAUCUAUCUAUCUAUCUAUCUAUCUAUCUAUCUAUCUAUUCAAAUAUCGUUCUUUUUCGCUUCAUACUUUCGGUUUAUGUGUCUGUCUUUUUCUCCUGCCUUCCGUCUCACUUCAAUGUCCUUCUCUCAAGCUUCAUCUACGGUUUUCUGUGGCCCGACAGCGUCUCUCUUCGUCUCAUUGAUCACGUGUCUCUGUUUGUCCUUAUUCUUGAUGUUUCUUUGUCUCCCUUUUUUCCCGAUUUCUGCCUCACUUCAGCGUCUCUCUGUCCACCCUCAUCUAUUCUUUUCUGUGGCACGGCAACGUCUUUCUUCGUUUCAUUCUUCAUGUCUCUCUCUUUUUCGUUAUUUAAUUUUUUUCCAUGUUCCAAGGGUGUCUCUUUUUGGUCCAUUCUUCAUGUUUCUCUCUGUCUGUCUGUCUUUUUCUACCGCUUUCUGUGUAACGACAGCAUCUCCCUUCGUCUCAUUCUUGAUGGUCAUCCAUCUCUCUUUUCUUUCUGCGACUCAACAGUAUCUCUCUUCGAUUCAUUCUUCGUGUUUCUGUCUUUCUUUUUCUCCUUCUAG